UUGCUACAUGGAUGGUGACCCUGCAGUACACCGCUCCAGGCUCCAGCUGUCGCUCAGCUGAGCUGCUGUGUCUCUCUGGCUUUCCCACCCUGUCUCCGGUGCCAUGGCGUCCAGUGAAGAGGACGGCUCCGUGGAGGAGAAGGAAAACAACAAGAAGAAAACCAAGCGUCCUUUUGUCACAGCAUGGCUAACCAUUUAUAACAUUGCCAUGACAGCCGGGUGGAUGGUGUUGGCUGUGGCUAUGGUCCGGUUUUAUGUACAAAAAGGGACACACAAGGGUCUGUACAAAAGCAUAUCAAGGACACUCAAGUUUUUUCAGACAUUUGCAUUGCUUGAGAUUUUCCAUUGUGCAUUUGGAAUGGUGCGUACCUCUGUGAUUGUGACUGGGGUCCAAGUGUGUUCAAGAGUCUUCAUGGUGUGGCUUGUCACUCAUAGCAUUAAGCAGAUCCAGAAUGAAGAGAGUGUUGUUCUUUUCCUGGUCGCAUGGACGGUGACAGAGAUUACAAGAUAUUCCUUCUACACGUUCAGCCUGCUCAAUCAUUUGCCUUACUUCAUUAAAUGGGCCAGAUACAACUUGUUCAUUGUAUUGUACCCAGUGGGAGUGGCCGGUGAACUUUUGACCAUUUACGCUGCCCUGCCGUAUGUUCGGAAAUCUGGCAUGUUCUCAGUGAGGCUUCCCAACAAGUACAAUGUCUCCUUCGACUACUACAUUUGCCUGAUCAUUGUCAUGCUCUCAUAUAUACCAUUGUUUCCACAGCUGUUUUUCCACAUGCUGCGUCAAAGGAGGAAGGUACUUCAUGGGGAAGUGAUGGUUGAAAAGGAGGAUUAGUGGAGCUGCGAAACCCACCACGCUUGUUCUCAGGAUAACCAGACUACAGCGAAGCACUAAAAAAAAAAGUGAUCCACGUUAGGAGCUCAAGUAACAUUCAUGGAACUAAAAUAAACAGCUGUGCAUGAAAUACCAUGGAUUCAGUCAUUGAUUCUUUAAACAGAGGGGGCAGUGUGAAAAUGAUCAGCCUGAAAUUUGGGCUGAAAUGGUUCACUAUGGUACAUCUCUUCAAACUUUGGAUAUUUAAACAAGUUUAAAAUGCCAACACAGAUUAAUGGUUCAUGAUUAGACCAAACAAAAAAUAAAACAAAACUGCAUUCUAUACAGUAUAUGUGCAGCACGUGGUCCCUGUAUUGAAAUGUGCGCAUAUUGCCCCUUUUAAAACUCACCAGAAACAACUGAAUAAUGGAACUGCUCCAAGCUACAAUGUAUUGUGUAUUUUGAAAAAUAUGUCUUGAAACAAAGGUGCUUUUUUGAAUAAAACUAAAAUCAUUUCCAAAUUAAGUGCAGCUAAAUCCCUCUUUAUUUAAAAAAAAGGCACAAUUAGAGCCUAAAUUUGAGUACGCUAUAGGCUUCAAAAGCUGUUUGCUCUUUUGUUUUAUUAUUUAGACUGCAUGGCAAUAUUAAUUGUACCGCUCUGUUACCUUUUUACUGUGUUUCUAACCAUUGUGAGUGGUUCUUCAUGCAUUUAGUCAAAUUCUGUAUUCUCUUUUUUGACCUGAGCUCACCCGUAGCUCUCCAGCUCUAGUUGACAAAUCCUUUUCACCAUAGACUUGGGCUAUGCCAACAAAGCCAGCACCGUGGACUGAAAGCAAUGCAAAAAACAUUCUUAACAGUAGAUGUUCACUAGACGACCCUGGCUCACACAUUGCUGAUCUAACUUAAUAUCAGAAUCAAAAAGUGAAUAAAGCACAGCCUUACUGGCAAUGUGAACCUGGAGUCAAUUUGAAUUAUAAUAAUGACAGCAGAAUUGUUUGGUGAAAUUGCAAUUUCAAUUCCAAUGCUGUUUUGUUCAAUUACAGUUGCAAUUAUGCUGCAGUAAUUGCGAUUAUAAUUAGUUACAUUGAAACGUUACAUAAAUAUCUCCACACAUUAACAUGUUUCAUCUGUUUAUUCUACCAAGCAGAAAUCCCAGGUACAAAUACAGAAACAUACUAUGUAAUGUUUUUUUCAAACAAAUGGGGUCACUAAACAUGGUUGGAAAUAUGAGAAGAAUGUUCACGCUGAUUCAGAUGUACUGUAAAGCUUGGAAAGGUGUGUAAUUGAACUGUAAUUGAUCACUGAUGUGAUAAUUACAAUUGCAAAUACAGUUAUGCAGGUGUGGCAAGGCUCAACUACAAUUGCAAUUACAUUGUAAUUUACAAUUCUAAUAGAUCCCAGGUCUGAUAUGAACCGCUGACUGCAAACAUCACAUUCUCAGGAGAUCCCUGAACACACCAUUGUGUAGUCUGUAUUGUAUGAUACUAACAUGUUUACAGCACUCAAAGUUCCCUUUUCCCUGAGAAAGCAUAUAGGGGUCGAAUUUUGUGUUCCAUUCAAAGCAAGCGGCACUCUUUGUUAUCUUAAUUAAUGCACCUUUAGACACAGUCCCUUGUACCCAAGUUUGGUCUUGAGUUGUAUUUUUUUUUUUUUUAUGUAUUAGUAGCCAUGAACAUCCAGCAAUAAUGUCUGUUUCACAAUUAACAACUCAAUUAAUAAGGUAUUUGACCUUUAAAAGAAAAGGAAACAUCUGUGAAUGGCUGUGUGACCCUUAACAAGAAAUUUGAGCCCGCCACAUUGAUGAGGAUAGCCCACUGAAGCAUGUUUUAAAAUGUGCGAGUUAAGAUGUGUUAAGCACACCAGACUUGCAUCCUAGACCUUAAUUGAUGUGGUGAUCCGCUUUAUUAGUUUAAUUGGGAAUUUUGCUUUUUGUACUUUAAAGAUUUAAGGAAUGGAUGUGAAACUUGUUAAAUGUACAAUGUUAAAGCAAGUUAUGGUUUCUGUUUACACUCAAGUUUUGCCCAUAUUUUAGAACACAAAAUAAUGGAACAUGCAACUCGACCUCAGAGUAGAAUGAAACAUGCUAAUGCAGUGAUGUCUUUGGGGGUGGUCUGUCUGGAAGUUUGAUUGAAUAGCGACACAAGACAGGGAAAUAAAUAAUGCUGGUCAUAAAGCAACUAAGUAUUAUCUGAAUGUAAUCCUAAGCAUUUUUAAAUUUACAUUUAUGCUCCCUACACCUGGACAGGUAGUAAUACAUCUUAAGGCUCUUAGGCCCUUUUGCAUGAUAGAACUAAUGAGAUUAGAUAAUUGAUGUUAAGACUAGAGAUGAUCAAUAUAUUUCAUGUUAAAUGCACUGGAAUUCAAAAAAAGGUAAAAGUCAAAUUGAUUGUUCCUAGGAAGAUUCUUAAGACAUUCAUAGGACAAGGUAAAAAAAAAAAUAGGUUUGAUACUGUGAAUGGAGCAGUAGAGAUGAGCAAAAAUAUGUUAGUUAUUGUGAUGGUGAAAUAUUUAAAUAAUGAACAACGACUUUGUCCAGCUUACAAAUGUAAAUAAUCUGUGCCUACAUGGCAGUUGAAGGCAAGAUUCAGUGAAUUGUAAUAGGAAUGUGUGAAAGCUCUGUAAUUAUGAACACUCUGGGAAUAAAGGAGAUUAAAUAUUA